CUGGCAAAACUCGUGUUCGUUCACUGUUCACAUAAGUUAUCUUACUUUUAGAAUUUUCAAGCUAACUUUACAUUUAAUAUCCAUGUCACCAUUGUAAAAUGGUUCUUCUACAAUCUUUUCUCCUAGGGGCGGCUAAAAAACCUAUAAGGAGUCAUUUGCGAGGAAAGUUCCUAGACAGCUUGCGACUCGCCGUCCGUGGUGGUCACGGUGGCAAUGGCUUGCCGAAGUACGGCGGCGUCGGAGGCCAAGGUGGGGCAGUAUAUUUCGUGGCCAAAGAAGGCAAAACCUUGAAGGAUGUCGUGCACAAGUAUCGUGCCAAAAAGGUCACCGCUGGGAAUGGCGAGGAAAGUAGCAAAGCCCGAAUACUGGGCCGGCGAGGAUUGGACGAGCAAGUGGAAGUGCCUGUGGGAAUACGGGUUCUGGAGAAUGAUGGGGCAUUCAUUGCCGAACUGGAUGAAGAGGGGAAGACUUGCCUGGCUGCCGGGGGCGGCAGCGGAGGCUGUGCUGGAAAUUCUUUUCUCGGAAAGGCUGGACAGACGAGAACGUUGAAGUUGGACCUCAAGUUGAUUGCCGAUGUAGGUUUGGUCGGCUUUCCGAAUGCGGGUAAAAGUACCCUCGUUAUGGCACUUUCCAACGCUACGCCCAAAAUCGCUUCAUAUCCGUUCACAACAAUUCGACCUCAGAUUGGUACAAUCGAGUAUGAAGAUUACCGACAAAUAACGAUAGCCGAUCUGCCCGGACUUAUCGAGGGAGCGCAUGCCAACUUCGGCAUGGGUCACAAGUUUCUGAAACACGUGGAAAGGACGCGGCUGUUGUUGAUCAUAGUGGAUGUUUUCGGUUUCCAGUUGAGCCAAAGCCACCGAAGGCGAAACUGUUUGGAAAACAUUUACGCUUUGAACAAGGAACUCGAGCUCUACGAUAAGACAUUGUUGGAAAAGCCUUGCGUGCUCUUGGUGAACAAAAUGGACAAAGAUGGUGCAAUAGAGGAGAUCUGCAAGUAUGACAAAUACUUUGGGAAACUGGAAGACGGUCUUCAACAUUGCCCUGAAGAGUUGAUACCAAAGCAAAUUAUCAACUUUGAACGGAUAAUACCCAUAUCGGCCAAAAGUGUAACCGAAAUCGACAAAGUUAAAGUUGCAGUGCGGGAAGUUUUGGACGCAAAAGCGGAAGAACGGUUACGUAGUGAUGCCAAAGAGGGUGACAAUUUAGAAAUGCUUCGGGGGAAACUGCAUGAACGGGGACCAAAAGUUGGAUGAAAUGCAGAAGUUUUCAUUGUAGAUAAAAGAAGCGUAUGUCUUCUGUAAUUUUAAAUUACAAAUAAAUGCCCCGUUGUGAGCUG